UAAUGUACGACAUUCGGUGCACAAGAAAGCCAUAAAGCUCUGAACUUGAAUGUUUUAUAGCAGCUCUUUGCAGUAAUAUCUUGUAGAGAUUUACCUUUCUCUAUCUAAUUUGAAGGUUUGUUGAUUAAGGUGAUACAAAUGAGUGUUUUCAAGCAGCUAAUAGCUUCAAGAUUAGUACGCACUCAUGUCUGUGGAUCUUAUAGAGCAUCCUUUUCACUCUUUCAUUCGUCCUCGGAUACUUCAAUACAAGUGCAUUCUCCAGAACAAGAAGUAGUAAUUGCUUUAGGUAGCAAUGUGGGUAAUAGACUUAAUAACUUUAAUGAAGCCUUAUCCCAGAUGAAGAAAUCGGGGAUAGAAAUAACAAGGCAUGCUUGUCUAUACGAAACUGAACCAGCUUAUGUGACGGACCAGCCUCUUUUUCUCAACUCUGCCGUUAGAGCCACUACAAAGCUUGGCCCUCAUGAGCUACUGUCCAUUCUCAAGAAAAUUGAAAAGGAAAUGGGUCGAACCAAAGGGCUUAGGUACGGCCCACGACCCAUUGACCUAGAUAUAUUGUUCUAUGGUAAAUGCAAAGUUAACUCUGAUAUUCUAACUGUUCCUCAUGAAAGAAUCUUUGAGAGGCCAUUCGUUAUGGCUCCAUUAGUUGACUUGUUAGGAUCAGAUGUAGACAAUGAUACGGUUCUAUGCUGGCAUUCUUUUUCAAAAAAUGGGCUUUUUGGAUCUUGGGAAACAUUAGGUGGUGAAUCUUCCAUAGGAAAAGAUGGUUUAAGAAGGGUUUUACCUGUCAAUGAUCGUUUAUGGGAUUGGUCAAAGAAAACUUCCGUCAUGGGUAUUUUGAAUAUAACUCCUGAUAGUUUUAGUGAUGGAGGGAAGUUUGAUUCCAUGGGGUCCGCUUUAUCUCGUGUUCAGACCAUGAUAUCUGAAGGGGUUGACAUAAUUGAUCUAGGAGCUCAAUCCACACGCCCAAUGGCGACCAAGAUCUCAGUCGAAGAGGAACUAGAUAGGCUAAUACCCGUUCUUGAAAAGAUUCUUGAAUUACCUGAAAUUGAAGGAAAGUUGUUGUCUGUGGACACAUUUUACUCGGAAGUUGCUUCAGAGGCAAUCAAGAAAGGGGCUCAUAUGGUCAAUGAUGUAUCGGGUGGAAUGUUAGAUUCUGAUAUGCUUCAUGUUGUGGCUGAUCUAAAUGUUCCAUAUAUCACUAUGCACAUGAGAGGGGACCCAUCCACAAUGCAAAACAGUGAGAAUUUGAAGUAUGAUGAUGUUGUCAAAGAAGUUGGGGAGGAAUUGUAUGAACGUGUAAGGAAUGCAGAGUUAUGUGGUGUUCCCGCAUGGAGGAUGGUUCUUGAUCCAGGGAUCGGGUUUUCAAAGAAAACCGAAGAUAAUUUGGAGAUAUUGAUGGGACUAAAGAGGUUUAGAAGUGAGAUUGGACAAAAGAGCUUAGGGGUGUCUCGUGCACCUUUGUUAAUCGGACCUUCAAGAAAAAGGUUUUUGGGUGAGAUUUGUGGUCGGCCUUCUGCUGUUGAGAGAGAUCCAGGGACUGUAGCUGCUGUUACCAGUGCGAUUUUGGGUGGUGCCAAUAUCGUUAGGGUUCAUAACAUUGGACAUAAUGUGGAUGCUGUUAAGCUUUGUGAUUCAAUGUUGGAUCGAGCUGGUAGAUCUUAGUAGCUUAAAGUUAUUUGACAUCUUGUUUUUUAUUCAAUUUUCUGGACAUUACUUUUUGUAUUUCUGUCUGGCAAAUGAUUUUACAGGGAUAUCCUAGAGGCUAAAUUGUAUAUUACAUUCUUGAUUUUCUCACAAAGUUUUACUUUUUCA